AUGUCAACAAGAGUAAGCUACAAUGUUGAUCGAAGGGGAGGCGUCGCCGGAAGGAGAGACAUCACCGGAGUAGGAGACGCCAACGUAGAUAAGAGUGUUGCUGCAAGAUUGGCAGAAGAAAUGGCAGUCAAACUUGGGGAAGAAUUUGGUUAUACUAUUCGGUUUGAAGAUGUCAUAAAUUCAGAUUUAACAAGGAUCAAAUUUCUAACAGAUGGAGUAUUACUAAGAAAAAUGAUGGAUGAUCCUCUUUUAAGCAAAUACAGUGUGAUUAUGAUUGAUGAAGCUCAUGAGAGAUCCCUUUCAACAGAUAUAUUAUUAAGUCUCCUAAAAAAGAUACAACGCAGAAGGCCUGAGUUGCGCCUGAUUAUUGCAUCAGCCACAAUUGAAGCAAAAUUAAUGGCUAAGUUUUUUCAUAACAGGAAAAGGAGGCCACAGUUGGAUGGAGAUGAUAAUGGACUGCAGACUAAACCUGCUAUUUUGUCUCUAGAGGGUAGAGGAUUUAAUGUACAAAUUUUUUUGAUUGAGGAACCUGUUUCAGACUACUUUCAAGCUACUGUUUCAACAGUAAUAUCAAUUCAUGAUAAGGAGCCAAUGGGGUAUAUUCUUGUCUUUUUAACAGGGCAAACUGCAAUUCAAAAUGGAAUAUAUAAUGAUAUAAUGAUAUAUGCAUGA